UUGAUCUAUCGACCCGGAAGUUUUGCUAAUUAGCCCUUCACUGAUGACGAGAAAGGCUUAAGUUUAAAAUGUCAGCUUUCUAGUAGCUUUUUCUAACGAAUUCGUUAAUCUGGCAACACUGUAGGAUUUCAGUAAUGGCGGCUCCUAUGAUUUUGUUUAUCUUUGUUAAGUUUUUUCAUUAGCUAAUUAUUGUUAGAAAGAUGGAUAAAUAUUUGAUUAAAUCCAGAUCGGAGACGUCCCAAUCUUACCAUUCUAACGAGAAAAAGACGAAGCAGGCAACAUUGGAAUCGUUAAAGGGAGUUGUGGUAAUUGAAGACAUUUUACGGCAUAAAGCAAUUUUAGAGUGGAAGAAUCAAGAAGUGGAAAAUAUGUUGAGGUCGUUGGAGGAAUUAUCAAAAAAGACUCCAUCUAAAGAAAUUCUCAUUUCUACAAAAAUUGGUCAUCUUGUUCACAAGCUUUGUAAGCAUACAAAUUCAGAAGUGUCUGAAAAAGCUAAACAUUUAUAUGAAGAUUGGAAAACCCAUAUUUUGAGUAAAAUGAACAAGCCAAGUAUAGAAGUACGUAGUGAUAUUCAAACAGAAAAAUUUCGUGAAGUGGCAAAAAGAUUACUUGCUGAAUCUCUAAAUAAAAAA